AUCAAUAAUCAGAGAGGCUCACAAGAAAUUUAACAUCAGAUGGUUGGACUUAUUGCUGCCAAUGACGGGGUUUUACUUCAUAACCACAUCCCACGGAUGCUAAAACUACAUUUCAGGGAAAAGCCUUACUAUGUUGACCUCUUAGAUUUGUUCAAUGAGGUAGAAUUUCAGACAGCUUCAGGGCAGAUGCUUGAUCUGAUCACAACUCAUGAUGGAGAACAAGACCUGUCAAAAUAUAAAUUUCCUGUAAGAUUUAGUUGCAGGGCAGCCCAACCGAUCAUCGUCUUGGUCCGUGUCAUCGUCACCUUCAUUCAAUUCCAUGGUCUUAAACAUCCAUGACGAGUUUUGCUGCCCGAUAACCCUCGACCUGAUGAAAGACCCUGUGAUUAGAGACGAACUUAGAGACGAGAAGACGAAGCUGAGGGCAGAUAAGACGAGUUUCGAUGCCCGAUAAUUGCAUUUUUUGUAAAUUUGGAGAUGGGACAGUUAAAUUUUUUGUAAACUAUAAUUGCAUUUUUUGUAAAUUUGGAGAUGGGACAGUUAAAUUUUUUGUAAACUGUAAUUGCAUUUUUUGUAAAUUUGGAGAUGGGACAGUUAAAUUUUUUGUAAACUGUAAUUGCAUUUUUUGUAAAUUUGGAGAUGUACUAUGAUAAUGGCAAUCAAGUUCCUAACUA